ACUGUAUAAAGUAUUCUUACGAAACAUGAACUGAUGCGAUUUUAUUUUUUAAUAGAUAAAAGAAUCAUUCAUACAAUCGAUUAUCUCUUAUAAUUUCUAGAUCGAGUUCCUCUACCGCUCAAUCAAUGACAUAAUGGACUUACCUCGAGCUAUUCAUAUGUAAAAUGAUAUUGCAGAAAACUUCAGAACUUCUGAGGACGAUAAGCCGUAACAGUAAAGAAAAAAUCAAAUCAAAACUUGUGGUAAUAAAAUUAUCUACAGCCUACAGCUUGAGAUUCGAAGCUUUACUGAAUAACACUUCAACUAAAGAAAACUUUAUCUAGAAGAUGCAACAUACUUUUACACAAAAUCAAUUAUUUAAAAUAAAUAUUUCUUUCCCUUUUCGACAGAAUUAAUCCUGCUUUUUAGAAAGGUGUAGAGUUAAUUAUGCAGUUACGUUAAGAAUAUUCACUAGAAUUUGUCUGAAGAUUUAAUUGAAAGUAGUUAUGCAGGAUAACUAUUCGUUUAUAAAUCCGUUAGGAAACCAUUCUAUAAUUUUAUUAGAAAGAGAUGAACAUUUGGCAAAAGCAGAAAUCAUUACUUUAUCUAUAAUGUUUGCAGUUAUGGUUGUCGGUAAUUGUUUAGUUCUUUUAGCAUUGAUGGGACGUCGUAUACAAAUGACACGCAUGUAUUAUUUCCUAUUCCAUCUUUGUCUUUCUGACCUGGUGACCGCAUUUCUUCACGUUCUUCCUCAAAUUGCUUGGGAUAUCACUUACAGAUUUCGAGGUGGAUAUUUAUUAUGUAAAUUAGUAAAAUAUGUUCAAAUUCUCGGUCCAUAUUUAUCGUCAUAUAUUCUGGUGAUAACUGCUAUCGAUCGUUACCAAGCUAUUUGUUUUCCAUUGACAAGUUUUUCUUGGACUCCAAUUAGAGGGAAAAUUAUGGUACUCGUAGCAUGGAUAAUCUCUCUUUUAUGUUGUAUUCCACAGUUAUUUAUAUUUUCUUAUCAAGAUGUACAGGGACUUUCCGGUGUUAAAGAUUGUUGGGGAACAUUUAUUCAACCUUGGGGUGAAAAAGCGUACGUUACGUGGUAUACGAUAUCUGUAUUUUUUAUUCCAUUUAUUAUAAUUACUUUUACGUAUACCCGAAUUUGCUUAGCUGUCUGGAAAAACUUUUGUGAAGAAAAUUGUUCUUCGAAAGAAGAAAAAUUAUAUAAUGUAGAAACAGUGAUCGUAACAAAAUCGAAUACUUCAGAUGAAGUGGUUGUUCGGAGGAAAACACCAUUAUCUAGACGACACAAUAUGAAAGGAUUGAGUAAAGCUAAAGUAAAAACAGUUAAAAUUACUAUCGUUGUGAUUAUAUGCUAUAUUGUUUGUUCUUGUCCCUUCAUAUGUGUGCAGUUAUGGGCUUACUGGGAUCCUCAAGCACAAUAUUCUAAUAUCUGGAGAGGUCCAACUGUUACGAUUCUCAUGCUAUUGGCAAGUCUGAAUAGUUGCACUAAUCCAUGGAUAUAUCUAUUUUUUAAUCAAAACUUAAUUCAAUCCUUGAGUCAAGUAUGUGGUUUUAACGUGAAGAAGAAGUCUAUACGACAAAUGACUGAUGUAAAUCAUACAACUAAUACUGACGACGAAAAACACUCCAUACGCCAAAUGGCUGAUGUUAAUCAUACAGCUCGUAUUGACGACGAAAAACAUUCUCAUCAGUCUGAUUUAUGAAUAUCGCAUAUAAAUUUACAUAUCAUUCAAUAUCAUUAUUCGUAACAUUAAUUUAUAUGUACAGCCUGAUUUUAAUUGUUCAAUUAUAAUCGAUACAAUUAACAGAUUUUGAUUCAUGUUUCCUUCGAUAAUCCCGUUUAAAUAGAUUUAAAUAAUAUAAAUUAUUAUAUUUUACUGAUUUUUCGAUUAUAUAAAAUGGUUUCUUUUCUUUCUUUAUUGACUCUUUCGAUGCUGUGGAGAGUAAGAGGGCCUUUUUAAAUCAUACUCAACGUGAGUGAUCAGGCCCACAAUGGGGACUGCCGGGUGGGCCAUCCUGAGAUUCGAUCCCGGGUCCCCAGAGCGUUAGGCUGACUGUUUAACCGUCUGAAAAAUGAUUUAUAUCUAUAGUAUCUAUAUGUAUCUUAAUAUCUUGAAUAAUUCUUAAUAUUUUAAUCUUAACUGUAAAUUAAAAUUAUAUAUUAUUUUUUAAUUUGUUAAAAAAUAUUAAAAAUUUUAAAAUUUAUACACUGUACAGUUAUGUAAUAUAUGGCAAUUUUAAAAAUUCUC